AGCCAACAAUGAAUCAAAGAAUGCGUGCGUGACAGCUUUUCUCUUUUUCCUUCCCGCUCAAAAAAACAAGAUAGUUCCUCAUACAAUUCACGAGCGGACAGUCAGCAUGACAGAAGAAAGUAGGUUUGGUCCGAGACAUUCAGCAAAGAUGAGGGGCCUCAUCUUCCUCGUUGUGAACUUGGCAAUUAUAUCAUCAUUCUCAGUAAAAUCAAAUGAACCAAUAAUAGUGGAUGUUGGUGAAGACAAGGACAUUACAGAAAUAAACAAGGAUUUGGGGCAUGAUGAUAUUCUAGAGCCACCACGAAGACGAAGGAGUGCUGUUAACACUGAGAGCCGUCUUUGGUCGGAUGGAGUUCCAUAUGUUUUGGACAAGAGCCUUGAGAUGAAUGCUAAAGGAAUCAUCCUGAGAGCCUUUGAGCAGUUCGGGCUGAAGUCAUGCAUUGCUUUCAGACCAAGGGAUUCUGAGACGUAUUACAUUUCUGUCCAAAAAUCUGGCGGAUGUUUUUCAUAUGUUGGUAAAGUAAUACCCAAUGGACAGCCACUCUCCAUCGGGAGAUUCUGUGAUGAGAUUUCCACCGUUGAACAUGAGUUCCUCCAUGCUCUUGGCUUCAACCAUGAACAGUCCAGAUAUGACAGAGAUAAUUUUGUGACCAUUGCAUUCGAGAACAUCAUAGAAG